UAUUGUAGCAUCUUCUUUAUGUCAAAAGUCUCCCACGAUGGUCGGCGUCCUCGGUCAACCGCCCAAGCAUUUUCCAUGCAAAAAUUCUGUGUCACCCGCAGUUUCGAAGGGUUUUUUCCGGCAACCCCAUGUUCUUCCCGUUUGAUCCCUUGUCCCUUUCGUGGCUUUUCCGCCGUUCUUCCUGCCUCAUCCCUCAGAUCGGCGCCAGCGGCGGGGUUCCUGUGGCCUGUGGGGUGUCGCCAUUUCCGUCUCCUGUAUUCUGUGGUGAAAUUUGGUAUUGGAAGAAGCUCCUGAGGGGUGCAAGCUUGCUAUGUUUAUGUUGGUCUUGUCUUUCGUUUCGACACCUCAUGCAAUGUUAAUCAAGUGGCUAGACGCUUUCUGAAAAUUGCUUGAAGGCAACAUCAGAGAUAAUGGCACUGUUGCUGCAUCUUUUCGACUUUGAUCAUGCUAGCACCUCUGAGAAGUUUUUGGCACAUAGGAAGCAUUUGAAUGGGUUGGAAGCUCCAAGAAACAGUUUAGACCUACAAUUGGAAUCAUCCCACUGCCUGUAUACUCAAGAUGAAAGCAUACCGUUUUCGGUUCAACUGAAGAGAAACUCUUCAAGUGCAACCCCAACCAAGCCAAGGGUAAACAGGAAGCCACCAAAGCAACACAAGGCAAAACGAAGUGCACCUACUCCUAGUGUCGUUGCUCGUUUGAUGGGGGUGGAUGAGUUUCCAUCAGAAGUAAAGCCAUCUUCAUGUGAAGGAAGCAGAGGUCGUAGUUCAAGAACUUUGAUAAAAAGGAACAAAUUUUCUCGAAGAAAUUUAAUCAUCGGAAAGAAGAUGAACCUUUUAGUAAAAGCAAACAAGAUCCACUGCAUUCUAAAACUAGCUCAAAGUUGACAAAGCCUUUCCUUAACAUGCAUCCCCAAGAACAGCAAUUGCAAAAAUUCAAGAAAGAAUUUGAAGCAUGGCACAGUUCCAGGACCUGGGAAAACUCAAGAGGCUGUGGCCUUGACUCCAGAGAUGGGCCUCCGAAUGAUUAUCAGGCUCUUGCACAAGAGAGAUUAAACAGGGAAAAAUUGACCCGAUAUGCUGAUGCUAAAAGAAAUGAAACUAAUGAGAAGCCUUCAGAAAUAGGGCACCAUGUCUCAAGCAGAGCAGGAACUGAAGUGCAGGGUGAUGAUUUUCUUGAAGGAAACAACAACAGUAAAGUUUUACAGACAAAGAAACUGGAAUCAAUGCCCAUUCAGCAUGUUGAUAGAAACAGUCAUUGUGAUCAAGCUUUCUUUAAAAGAUGCGAUGAACAAGAAAUUAGAUCAUUACCUGCUAGAAUUGUGUUGUUGAAGCCCGGACCUGAAAGAUUUGAUGACCUAGAUAAGUCUGACUCUGCUUCAGAAGUAAAAAGUCAAGAAGAUGAAGGAAGUAUUUCAGAUUUUCUUGACCAAGUCAAGGAAAGGCUUAUACUUGGAAUGACACGCACUGCUGGAGAAGAUGUUGAAAGGCCCAACACAGGGACUAACAUUUCUUGCUUUGAUAAAUCAUUGAGCCCCAAAGAAGUUGCUCAACAGACAGCAAUGAAGGAAAGAGACCGUGUUAUGAGAGAUACAGGUUUUAUUCAAUCUGAAUCAUCAAAAUCACUUGGAAGUGAUGUACAGGCUGCUGAAGGAAGCAUUGAAUGUUUCCUUGAGGAGGUUAAAGAAAGGCUUAUACUUGUAAUGAGAGGUAAUGAAGAAAAGGACUUAAAAAGGCCAGGCAGACAGAUUAAAAGUUCUCACUUUGAUGGAUCAAUCUCCAAAGAUAUUUCUCAGCAGACAGCAAAGCAGUUAGGAGGUAAUGUUGCAAGCAACAGGAGCCCACUCCAGUCAAAGUCGAUGUUAUCACAGAGCAGAAAUGUUCAAAAUCGAAUGCCAGGUUCUCCCAAAUUUAGUAACAGAGACACCCAAAGAUUGUUGUCAGAAGCAUCGCACCCAGGCAUCCUUGAGACAGAAGAAGCUGGGAAAAGGAAUUCAAUUUAUAACAAAGGGGAAAUAUCGUCAGUACCAAGCCUUUCGGGCACUAGAAAGACGGUGAAUCAUCAAAAUGAAAGGCAACACACGGCUGAGUUAGCCGCUACAUCAUUUCCAGAUGAUUUGAAGAGUAAAAUGGUAUUUGAUCAUGAUGUGGUAUCAUCAGGGAGUCCAGCCGAAACUACUUUAGCUCCCAUAUGUGGAACAGCGUUGAGAGACCUACCUACUGAAGAUCAGCCAAUUUUAGCAAGUGCAUACAUCAACAGAAAUCAUGAAACGGAUAAUAACAGGGCUUCAGAGACCAGAAAGAGAAAGAAACAUAGAUUCAGCUUGAAAUGGAAGGCUUCGAAUCUCAAAGACAGUUUAUCUUUCAGAAAUAAGCUAUUUGGCAAGAAGAUCCAAUCAGCUAAGCGAGGAGUGGAUGAAUUUGGUUUGACCAGUAGUCCGGUGACAUUUCCUUCAGUCUCCAGAAACUUGAACAUGCUGGCAAGAAUCUCAACUGAGCUUUUCCGUUUAUGCUUGGAAUCUAUUUGCAUCCAUGUACUAACUUUUUCAUCUUAAAACCAUGAAUUAUUCGUGUGAAGGAACACUCAGCUGAGGUACCGCCCACCCCUGCAUCUUCAUCCAGUGACAACCAAGAUGAUACUUGCUGUGGACCAGCAUAUCAUUACAUUCCAGUCUCAACACUUGACGUGAUAACUUUUAAUGAAGAUGUUCCUGUUCAAGAAGUUUUCAAGGAUACCAGUUCCGAUCAACAGGUUGAGGUCCCAGGUAAGUUAUGAUUUCAUGGAAAACAGAUUUCAUCCUUUAUCUAGUUGCUUACUUGCUUUGCAUACAUUAACUAACCAUUUUUCACCAUAUCCGAAGUACCAAGUACUAAUCCAGUUGUGAAUUUACCUGAAAUAUGCAUUUUCAGUACAACAAGGAAUGUUUUGCGAAUACUGCUAAAUAUCACAGAUAGAUCUGUGUUAGAUUGUUUACGGAGAAAAAGUAUGUAGCGACUUAUUGUAAGGCCAUCACAUCCAGAAAAGCCCUUCCGACUGACUUUGAAUUACGUAUUUACUGCAUAUACAUUUUAGCAUAAAAUGGGUAUAUCAUCAUGUUCGUUAACAUAAAAGCUACACGGUAUGAAUUUGACAUGUUGAUGUACUGGCUCAGAACUGAAUUCAAAACAUGCAGCGUUAAAAACUUUGUUACACAAGAUUAUCUUGCAUUGAUUGUUGUUCUGAACACGGUCCAUGGAAGCGCUGAUCCCUCUGUUUACCGUACAGAAUUGAAUCAGCAGAUAAACCACGCUGAGUUUCAAGGAUUAGCUGUAGCGACACAAAGUUCUAACGAGGCAUGUGUUAAGCCAGAAGGCAACCCAGAAGCUUAUUUGAGAGAUGUACUUGCUGCUGCUGGAUUUUUUGAUGAUAUGGACGGGAUUUUAUCAAUGUGGGAUUCCCCUGCUGCACCAAUCAGAAGUUGGGUUUUUCAUGAAGUCGAGGAAGCUCACAGAGAACAAACCCAAGACACUAGAGGGAUCAAGAUAGAGCAUAAACUGCUUUUUGAUUUGCUGAAUGAGGCUCUAGCAUCCAAAUUGGGUCACUUCCCAACUAACAUUGCACCAGGUAGAAGCACUAUAAGCUCCUCAGUGGUGGUUCCUAGCAUCGAACAAUUGCUCAACGAUGUAUGUGGGACGGUAUGCAAGUGUAUCCAAACACAAUCCACAGGAGAUGACACAAUAAACGGGCUAGUUGAGAAAAGUUUGAAGCAGAAUCAGUGGGUUGGAAUAAUACAGGGUGAUGUGGAACUGAUAAGCAGACAAUUGGAGAAAGUCGUUUUGAAAGAAUUGAUUGAGGAGGUUGUGUUUGAUUUGUUACAUUAAUCAUGUCGAGAGUGAAGCACCUAAAUUUUUUUAAAUUGAUCGCUCGUGAGAUGCUUGGUCAACCUUGUCAUUCUGCUAUCAAAUGCUAAAUAAACAAUCCUAAUUUGGAUGCCAAUUCACUUCAUCUGAUCUUGUAUAUCAAAUGUCAAUAAUUAUUUGUAACUUAUAUGCCACAUCAUUCUGUGCGAUCUUGCAUCUGUGGUUUGUCCUAGGCAAAGCCAUGCCAAGUGAAAACCUUUGCGACAUCGCUUUUGUGGACUAUGUACUGAUCGUUUGUCAAACACUAACUAAAGACAUUUAUAAUUAAUGGAAAGUUUGAACAUAAGCAUGCAUAAGCAAGUACCUGACGUGCACACGCCCACGUGCACAGACAGAGUUGCACCUACGUCAGCAUGAACUCCGUCCAGGAUAAAAGUGCUAAUCACAAGUACUCGUACCUCUUCAACUGGAAUAGACAGUUUUCAUGUCAAGAUAACUCUAGAGAAGUACAAAGGCUGUGGAAUUAUGAUGCAAUAUUUGCUUUUCAAUAUGCUUUGUCUAUUCAACAUUCUCAAAAUUUUGCAAGACAAAUCAUUGGCAACGUUUGACAUGCCAAUAUGUCUGGGCAAUCAUGUUCAAGUGUACCGUUAUUUCAAAAGUACCUUUCCAAGUAACAAGAUCUGCACGUUUCUUCUUACAUUUACAUUCCUAAUAUUAGAAGGUUCAGUUUCAUGCUGCAAACCACAACGCCACCCUGCCAACCUGAAGCUAUACCUGAUUUCAAUCUAUAGAUGAAAUUUGCGCUUACGCAAUAAAACCACAAUCGUUAAACAAUGAACGACAUAUGAAACGAAGGCUAAUGUCAUAAACCACAACUGGCAUGAAACGUGUGAGAGCUUACAGGACAGCAUUCCCAAGGACAGAAGACACGUUAACAGUGAGAAGGUAAACAUGGCAACGCUCACGACAUUCGCUGGUAAAUCACCGAACUGAUUUCACCAUCCGCCUGGACUAGCGGCAUGUCGUUCUGUGCAUUCCUCCAUCAAACAACCCUUGUUGUAUGGUAACCCAUCAAGCCACUCAUUGAGAAACCUUCCAGCCAGGAGGCAAUCGACAAUGUCAAAUCCCAGUUCAGCAAAUCUUCCGGAACAUCAAGACGAUAAUAUAUAUUUGGAACCAUCAAAAAUACCAUCGACAUGCUACGGCUUCUAACAAAAUUUUGUUUAUAUAUAAGAUCAACAGUUAGACCUUUAAUCCACCUCGUACAUAGAAGACAAGGGGAAUAAUAUUUCCACCUACAACCUACUCAGCUCCAAGCCCAAUGCAAACCAAUCCUAAACACAAUUGAGAGAGGCCACCACGUUGACAACCUAUCGACGUGGAACAACCGCUUGUCCAGAAGCCUUAAACCGGCCAAAAGAUCAAAGUAAAAACCUACACAUACCAAUUAAUGCCUGACCAUUUUCUUUAUCGGCGAGAGGACGCCAAUGAGAAUAAAAUAAUGUGAACAGGUAACAUGAAGAAAAGCAAGGAAACGUGGAGAAUGUCAAGCCCCAGCUUGCAUCAUGUCCCAAAUCCUACCGAGCAUUCUAGUGCAGCAUCCAGGUAAAGAUUGGCGGUUUCAACAAAUGACCGAGUAGCUUACGAAUUCGAGAACUCGAAAUAUGACCACGUUAGAACUUCAUAGUCACCCCUCGCUGAUAUGACGUGGGGAAAAGAAUAUGAAUAUGAAAUAGUUUAAGGACAGAACCAAACAUCUACGCCCAGUAAAAUCCUUCGCCAACAACUACUCAUCAAAUGCAGACUGCAAUCAAACAAAAAUUUACACCGGCAAAGCAUCUUCGAACAACUUCGCGACACCCACCAACCCGUGCACCUACCACAUUCGGCAUCGUGGUAUCAAAGACGAAGGAGUUAAACGCGAGACAGUCCAACAGCAAAGCAAUAUUUAACAAUUUCUGAACUAAAGUAAACCAUAUUGAAACGGGAAAAAAAUAGAAACGGAGAACGACAACGAAUGACAAUGUGAAAUUUGAAGCACCAGACUUGCUGAAAAAUCAAAUGUCAGAACGAGGUUCACG